AUGACUACAGAUCUAUAUGGGGUUAAUGUAAGACCAGUUGCUCCUUUUGGUAGCACAUGUAAUAAACCAGUGGUUGAUUUGUCACUCAUCCAUAGAAGCUUGCCAGAUGAACUACUGUUUGAGAUUUUUGCAAGAAUGACUCCAUAUAAUUUGGGAAAAGCAGCCUGUGUUUGUCGAAAAUGGAGAAAUACCGUUCGUAACCCUGUGUUUUGGCGCAAUGCAUGCUUAAAAGCCUGGCAGAUCUCUGGUGUUGUGGAAAACUAUAAGCUUAUGCAAUGCAAUUAUGAUUCCUCAUGGAGGAAGAUGUGGCUUUCAAGGCCAAGAGUCCGCAUGGAUGGUAUCUAUGUGAGUAGGAACACGUAUAUUCGUGCUGGAGUUGCAGAGUGGAAAGUCACAAAUCCAGUUCAUGUGGUAUGCUAUUAUCGAUACCUCAGAUUUUAUCCUUCUGGAAGGUUUUUGUACAAGAAUUCUUCUGAGAAAAUAAAGGAUGUUGUGAAAUUCAUGAAAUUGCGUUCUACUAAAGCUGAGAUUUGUCAUAGUGGGCGCUACACAAUGUCUGAAGAUAAGGUGGAAGGGGCUCUUUUGUAUCCUGGAAUGCGUCCCACGAUUUGGAGGAUCCGAUUGAGGUUACGAGGUACAAUAGCAGGGGCAAACAAUCGGAUGGAUCUUCUAUCAAUUGUGACAAGUGGGGUCCACGAGAAUGAGGUUCCAACGGGACCCGAUGGAGACAUUCUUGCAGUGGUUGAAGGCUGGGAAGAUGAUGAAACACACAAUGCAGAUGUUCCUGCUAUUUCUCAUACAAGAGGCCUAACACCUUUUGUCUUUGUUCCAUUUGAAGAGGCGGAAACAUCGGUUUUAAAUCUGCCUGUGGAACGCAUGGAUUAUUAUGUACCUGGUUGAAUGGUAUUGGAAUUGGGAAAUGAAGACAAAAACGACCCAUAUUUGUAAAUAAAAUUGUUCAUCUGUUGUUAUAUUUGUUGAAAGUUGUAUGUUAUAGGUUGUAUAAUAAUAAUAAUGUUAGUUGUCAGUUGAAGGGUUUUGUUAAUAUUUUUUAGAAUAA